AUGGAAACGUCAUCAUCAACAAUUUCUAUAAAUUUCAAUUAUGAUCGAACUUCAAACAAUUCAUUAUUUAAAUUAUGGAAAUUAACAAAUGAUUUACUGUAUAUAAAUUGUUCAAAAAUAUCAUCUACUGAAAGAUUAAAUAAUAGAUCAUGGAGAUUAAUGAAUCAAAGGUUUUUAAAAAAUAAAAACUGUAAUAAUAAACAAUUUAAUGAAAAAUUUAUUGAUAAUGUCAAUACCAAUGAAUUGAAUGAUUUAUAUAAUGAUAAUUUAAUUGAUUUUAAACCUAAAACUUCACAAUUUAUGUCGAAUAGACCUUCUUUAUUCAGUCAUUCUUCAAAUUUAAGUUUAUAUACUAGAAAAAAAAGUACCCAAACUAGUUUAGAUUCCAAUCCAUUUUUAAAUGAAAAAUUCAAUGAAGUUAAUCAAAAACAAAUUGCCAUUGAUAAGGAUACUGAUGAAGAAGUAGAUGAUGAUGAUGAUGAUGAAGAAGAUAUUGAUGAAUCUGAUAUGUCCGAUAUUCCAGAAUUAUCUGACAAUGAAGAAGAUGAAGAAGAUGAAGAAAGUGAUUUGGAUGAGAAUGUAUCUACUACAAAUAGAUUAAUCGAUAAUCCAAUUCACACACCACAAGGAACAAGUUUAGAGGACGAUAAAAUAUCACCUACAAGCCGUCGAAAUAAUAAUAUUGAAUUCGAAAAUUCUUCCACGUCAAGAAAUGAUCAACAAUCUAAAACAAAAUUUUCCACUAUUUCAUCAAUAUCACCGUCUGAUUGUUCAAACCUACAAGAUAAAGUACAACCACAACCACCAAUACAACGACAUAACUCCUUAUUUAGUAAUUUUACUUUGGGCACAACUAGUAAUAAACUGUCGGAGUCAAUAUUGAAUCGGUCAAGAAAUUCAUCGAAUAUUAUAGCCGAUGACAAGGUCGGUAAUAAAAAUUCGCAGGAGAGUGUUAUAAAUAAAGAAGGUUCUAUUCAUAAUGAUGAAGCAGAGGCAGAAGAUGACGAAGGAUAUUCAUCAACUGAUAUAUCUGAAGUUGGAGAUUUAGACGAGGAAUUGGAAGAAGAAGAAGAUGAAGAUGAUCAAAUUGAAAUGAAAAGUACUACCGAACCAACUAGGAAAUCAUCUACUGAUUCAGUAAAAGAAGAUAAUGAAAGUGAAUGGAUGUCAGUUUAUUCAAGUUCUUUAAAUUCAACUGCUGCUUCAGGUAAAAGUAUUCCAAAACAACCACAACCUUUAAAUUUUACAAAAAUUGAACCACCAACUUAUUCUGCAUCUACUGAAACUUUAGCAUCAUCAUUAGAGAAAAAAAGAGAAAAUUUAAAUCAAACUUCUUCAUUAGGUAAACCAAAAUCAUUAUUAUCUGGUUUAUUUACAAAUGACAAUUCAUUAUCUUCAUCGACUAAUCAACAACAUGCACCCAAACCAAAAUUAAUGAGAUCAAGUACUACUGGAGUUAUGACAAUUGAUCAAGAAUUUCAAAGACCUUCAAUAAUUUUUACUAGAAAAUAUCCUUCAUUAACUGAUAUUUCAAAAUUAACUAGACGUUCAAAUUUAUCAAUGGGCAAAACAAAUACUACAACUACAUCAUCUGAAAUUAUGAUUGAUCAUCAAUUACAAGAUGAUUCAAGUUCAUCAUCAUCUUCAACUCCUAUGAAAAAACAAGGUAGUAUAGUUGGAAUAUCAGAUAUUAAUGUUUCAAAAGUCCCCAAGAAUCCACAAGUUAGUGAUGAAGAACAUGAAUUAUUAUCAUCAAGUUUAAAUAAAUUAUCAAAAUCUGUUUCUCAUCAUUCACUUAUAAAUUUAUUAUCAAAAUCUUCAAUUAAUUUGAGUAGAUUAUAUAUCACAUCUAAAAAUAAAUUAAGAUUAGAUUCAAAAGAUCAACAAAUCAAUCAAACCACCAAUCAAAAUAAUAUUUUUAAUGAUAUAAAACAAGAUAAAAUUGAUCAAAAUUACAAUAAUAAUAAUAAUAACAACAACAAUAAUAACACGAGUAAUACUACUUAUCAACAUCACAAAAAUGAAGAUUCAAUCCCAUCAUUACAACCAACAUCAUCAGAUUCAAUUUUAAAACAAUCACCAAGUUCAUUAACUUCAUCAUCAUCAAUAUUAAUUAAUUGUUCAAAAAAUUCAAAUACUCCACCACCACCAAUAAAAUUUAAUGAUCAUGAAAAUAAUAAUAAUAAUAGUAACGUAAUUCCAACACUACCAAAAAUCACAACAACUGAUACAACUGAACUUGAAAACACUAAUUUGACAAUAAAUGAAGAAAUAAGUAAAUCAUUAAAAGAAAGUUUAUUAAUAGAUAAUAAAUUAGGUAAAGUUGCAAUGCCUGAUAAAUCAUUAGUUAAAAAUUUAAAAUUAAUUAAUUCAAAUCAAAUUAAUGUUGAUGAUGAUGAUGUUUUUGAUGAUUAUCAUUCUAAAGGUUGGUAA